AUGUUGUUCUUCAUACUGUUAUUGGCGUUCGUAAUUUCAAUUCGUGCUGAAGGCUACGGUGCACCACCACCGGCCUCUAUCGCCCCUGCUUCAGCACCUUAUGGUGCACCAUACUCGUCGAACCAGGUGGUUGCCGUACCUCAGGUUGUACAGCAGCAAUUCCAGCCAAUGCCCCAACAGCUCGUCCAACACUCAGGGUCUGCUGGCGUACAGCAAGUAGGCAUGCCAGUAAGCUACAGUAUGUACUCCAAUACACCGCAACAGAUGAACCAGAAUCCAUACCAGCUGUAUGAACGUCAUCCGAUUCCGAGCCAAGUUUUCCUGAACUAUCCUCAAGGAAUGAUCAUUCAACCUCAACGUCAGCAAAACGCUGUUCUUCCCACCGCUGGUACCUCGUUUAUCGCAUCGUCAGGUUAUGGUCAGCCAGCAACAAUGUCUACCCAAACAACUGGACCAUACGCUACACAGACGACAUCGUCGGAGACAAGUACGGAAGAAAAGGGCACCACACUGAGCGCUAUGUCCGGAUCGCCUAGUGUUGUUGAUCCAUGGGCAUCUCUAGGAGGCCUGCCUGCGAAAAAGAUCGAGAGCAGAAAGAAGAAGAACAGCGAUGGGCUGUGA